GAGAAGGCAGGCUGUGUGGCUCCUUUUGCAUAUGGGAUCCUGGGCAGGCAGGAAUCCAGAGGAGCGGGACCCUUCAUUGUUUCACGGGCGUUGACAGGAGCUGCGGUUUCCAGGGGCUGUCCCCAAAGGGCCCCCCCCUUCCCGCCUCCUUCCUGUUGUUUGCUUGUGGAAACGAAGGGGGAGUGAUAAAAGAAAGGGGGCAGAAGAGGGAAAGCCAGGGCGGCCCUGAGCACAGUUGCAGACAAGAGUCACCUUGUCUUCUGUGAUCAUUAACCGCGCGGGAGAGAGGCAGGCAGGCAGGCAGGCAGCUAGCUUAGCUACCGGGAGCGACCGAGGCUUUCCAGAUCUUGUCAUCCUCAGAAUGGGAGCCGAGUGAGGCAAGGGAGACACGGCUGCAAACACAUUUUCCGGAAGAGAGUCUCAAUUUGCUGCUGCAAGAGUUAGGGAGAUCGGAACCGCUCGGGCUGGAUCCGUGCCUGCAAAGAUGAGAUUCCAACGACUCCUGUUGACCUGGUUUUUGCUCCUGACCGGGACGUUACUGAUCACCGGACAGAGGCCAGCUAACCUGGCCUCAAGACGAAAACUGCACCGACAUCACUGUUCCCACCGGAGAUGCAUGCCUCUUCACUCCAGAGUGCCCUUCCCCUGAGCUUCAACCGCCUGCUGGAAAAAGGAAUGAGGGAGAGUUCGAACCAUGAAACUGGAGAGCAACACUGUUGUGAGCUACACAGGUAUCGCAUUAGCCACCAUCAGAAAACAUUCGAAAAUACAGUAACCUGUUGGAACAAACUUCAGAGGUACUGUGACUCUCUUUAAUCAAGGAGAAAACAACAAAGAACCAAGUGAUUAUGUCUGGGGACUAUGGGGAAAAAAUCAUCUGUGCAAUAUAAGCUAUUCUCUGAACAUCAGUAUGGCCCUCAAAUAACCAGAAAAAGUAGAUAUUUCGAUUUUAGAACUGUUAGUUUCAUUUAAAGAACUAGUAUAAAUGAAGUGUUUAUUAACCAUUCACAUAUUUUAACACAAAGGUAGGAUGUGGGUGGAUGAAGCAGUUAUUUCAUGAUCACUUAAUAUUCAUAUAAAAUGCACAUUGGAAAGCCAGUUACUCAUUCAACUUUCGCAUUAUCUCAAGGACUAGGAUGGUUGUCUAUUGACAUUGCUAGGCCCACACUUCUUCUUUUGUGUGGAAACCCUGUAAAAUAUUAAUUCAUCCUAACUGGGAAGCCUUACAAGCAUCUCUGAACUCUCCUUUGGAGUGUUACUCAUUCCAAAUAAAAGAUAUUGCUGAUGAGACUGCAGGAUCAGAGUCUUAAUAGACCAUCUUCGUUUCCUCCAUGAAAACAGAUUUCUGAUGGUUAUUUGUACUGAUUAUGACACAAUUCAUAGCCAAUCUAGAUCAAAUCUCUUUUUUUUUGUUUCAAAGCAUGUUAGCAACUGUAUAUGUUGUAAAAAAAACCCCUCUGUACCUUCAAAUAGCAUUGUCAUAUUAAAUCUUUGUACAUUUUUUAAUUUUUGUAUUCUGUGCAUGGAAAUGGCUCACAUCCAAAGAGAAGUGUUUUCCUAAUUUGUUUAUAAAUUUCAUAAUAGAUCAAUGUAAACUUUUAUAACCUAUAAAGCUAAAUAAAAUUUACCUUAAAUGACACAUUUUGCUUUAUUUUAAACUGUAAUGUUGAUAGGAUUUAGACAGUUAAUAUUACAAGUGCAGUUGUCCACAUCCAGGAAAAACUGAGGCAACAUUCUCCAUUUAGGGAAGUAUAUGCUGAAAUGAAAAAAAUAUGUUGAUUUAUGUGUGGCAGCUUGCUAUAUUUUGUGCAUAUUCCUCACAGCCGAACUGUGACUAAUCCAAGUCCCACUGAAUUCUGUGUGCCUGUUGAAAGUAUAUGAUGUAGAAAUGAAGUAUAGUAAGGUACCCUCUGUAUUCUUUCUGCUGCUGAGGUUAUGGACAAUUGUUGAAAAAUUCAGCUGGAUGAGGCAGACGUGUAACAUUUACAUAUAUUCUCCACUGUUUACACUUUUCAUUUCCAGGCCAGUGUAAAUUCUGGUUUUUGGUUUUGAAGACUUGAAUGUAAAAUAAAAUAAAAUAAAAUACAUUUCAUUGUCUUCCAUGAUAAUGCAUUCAAAAUCUAGGUAGCUGCAACAAAAUCAACUGCAUUGUGGAAAUUGUUAUGAUGGGCCCAGAAGAAGGAGUUUUAGGGUGAAAUUGAUGAUAUAUGUAUAAACUAAUUAGUACACACUACAAACUGAUAUUGGGAGAAUAGAGGGGUUAAUGAGGCUGGAAUCUUUGACUCCAAAGGGGG